AUCAAUUGGUUGUACAUAAUACACAAACCACGCCGCUCUGCUCUGCUCUAGAGCGAGAAAGAAAGAAAGAAAGAAAGAAGAGCAAUCACCAAUGGCAAACACACCAGCUCCACACAUUCUUGUCAUCCCAUUCCCAUCCCAAGGCCACGUAAUCCCACUAAUGAAGCUCUCUGUCCGCCUGGCGACCCAAUUUGGGUUCAGAAUCACAUUCCUCAACUUGCAGCAGUCCAAACAAGUCAACGGUGGGAAUCCCAUCAUACGCAUGCUUCACAUCCUUGAAGGCCAAGGGAACAACAACAAGUCAACACAAUCGGUGCAGAGGUUGAUGCCUGGUAGAGUCGAGGAGCUGAUUGACCAAAUGAACGCCACGGGAAGUGACGCCAUCACCUGCGUACUUGCCGACCAGACCAAUGGAUGGGCUUUUGAGAUCGCAGUAAAGAGAGGGAUCAGGAGGGUCGGGUUCUGCCCUGCCGCUGCUGCCAUGGUGGCCGUGCAGUUCAGCAUCCCGAGGCUCCUUCGAGAUGGGAUCAUCGAUCAACAAGGCGCUCCAACCAAAGAUGACCAAACGGUCAAACUCGCUCAGGAAAUGCCAGCACUGAGGCCGUCGGAGUUCGUAUGGAACUGCUUCGGCGACCAGAAUACUAGGAAGCACAUGUUCGAAUUGGUGCUCAGAAGCACAGAGUCAAUGAGGUCGGCGGAUUGGUUGCUCUGUAACUCGGCUCACGACAUCGAGCCCGGCUCGUUCGGUUCGAUCCAAACCCUCUUACCGAUCGGCCCGCUCGAAUCGAUACCGUCAUCAUUUGGAAGCUUAGAAGGAGAGGAGGAUCAAGUGUUGCUGAAUUGGUUGGAUCAACACCCGCCCGAUUCGGUCAUUUACGUUGCAUUCGGAAGCACCACCCGGUUCGACCCAGCCCAGCUCGAGGAACUCGCGCUCGGGCUGGAACUCACGAACAGGCCAUUUUGCUGGGUGGUUAGGUCCGACCACAUAACCCCUGAGAUAAAACCAGUUCUGGACAGAGUGGGCGGGCCGGGGAAGAAACAGGGGAAGAUAGUCAGUUGGGCGCCUCAGGAGAAAGUAUUGGGGCAUCCAUCGGUGGGUUGCUUCGUGAGCCACUGCGGCUGGAAUUCCACCAUGGAAGGGUUGGCUAAUGGAGUCCCGUUCCUUUGCUGGCCUUACUUUGCGGACCAAUUUCUGAAUGCGAGCUAUGUCUGCGACGUUUGGAAGGUUGGGUUGAGGCUUGAGAGAGAAGACGGGAAUGGGAUGAUGGUGGUCACGAAGGAGGAGAUUAGGAAGAAGGUGGAUCGACUGGUUGGGAGUGUAGAGCUGAAGGAGAGGAGUUCGGAGAUUAAGAGGAUGGUGAGGGAUAGUGUUGGAGAAAGGGGCAGCUCCACCCAGAAUUUGAUGAAAUUUGCGGAAUGGGUUAGAGGUUUGUGAUUUUUUUAAGUAAAAGUACCGAGAAAUUGUGAUUUGGUUUAGUAGUAAUAUCACUUGUUGUUGUACCAUUUCACUCGAAUUAUCAUGAUCUUAAAAACGGUUAGGAAUUUUAUUUAGUCUAUCUCCACAUCAUAUAUAUAAUAAUUUAUUGGGG